AUGUCUCACAACCCGGAGACCAACCUCCCUGGCGGUUCUGAGCUCGGGGUAUUCGAUUGCAGCAAGGCGGGAAUAAGAGCACGCUCGGAAAUGUGCUCCACUUCCACUGAAAGACCAAGAAGCUACGCCCCCACCGGAGAAAUUGACAACGAAAUAGAAAAAGAAGAAUACAGUAGGAUAGAAGAAGAUAUUGGUCAUCUUGACUUACAGGAGGACUUGCGAGAGGCAGUAAUUGUUUGGCAUUAUCUCACAUUCGACACCGAGCUUCCACAUCCAAGUACCAUUCAUCCGACGCAACCCGGCCAAGAGCCACCUCCCGAGCCCCCGAAUCUCGUCGAAUACACCAGCCCCUUUGACUGGUCUGAAAAGAGAAAGAAGUUUACCGUGUGGAUAUCAUGCGUCAUUACUGCCCUCGCCGCAUUCUCCGCUGGGGCAUACAGUCCAGGCGUAUAUCAGAUGACACAAGAAUGGGGCGUAAGUAGUGUUGCCGCGUUGGUCGGUAUCACCAUCUUCACGACAGGUUUUGCCUUUGCGCCCAUGGUACUGGCACCCUUCUCCGAAAUCAACGGCCGCCGACCUGUCUUCCUCGCUUCAGGUGUUCUUUUCGUUGUCUGCCAGCUCUGCUCUGGUCUUACACAAUCAUACGGCGGAAUGCUCGCCGCACGAUUAUUCCUAGGUAUCGGCGGAUCUACCUUCUCGACUAUGGUUGGCGGCGUGGUAUCUGACAUAUAUCACGCUCAAGACCGGAACACCCCAAUGGCUUUAUUCUCCGGCGGCGCCUUGUUCGGUACAUCCCUUGGACCUUUGGUUUGUGGCUUCAUUGCACAGAACACGACAUGGAGGUGGAUAUUUUACGUACAAGCGAUCUCAUGUGGAAUGAUGGUUGCACUGAUCUGUGUUGUGUUCAAAGAGACGCGUGGCUCUGUUCUUCUAUCUCGUAAAGCGAGGCGUCUAAACAAAUGGUACGAGGCCCGCGAGGCGGCAGGUUACUACGGUUUCGAAGUUUCCAGCGAUGAGAAACGCAUUUCCAAAUUAUCACAACGGCUGCGCUGGAAAGUACGGUCUGAUGAAGAGCGUGCUUCUCUUGGUACGAUGAUUGGCGUUUCUCUAUAUCGCCCGUUUCAUCUCCUGUUCACCGAACCAGUGGUGUUUUGGUUUUCUCUUUGGGUGGCGUUUUCUUGGGCAGUGCUCUACCUUACACUGGCCGCCAUUCCGCUGGUUUUUCAGAGCAAUCACGGCUUCUCGUUGCAACAAGCUAAUGCUGUCUUUGCAUCUAUGAGCAUAGCUAGCAUUCUCUCUACUGUACUUUCGAUUUAUCAAGAGAGGAUUGCGAAGCGAAACGGUAAACUGGUGGACACGCCAGAAGGUCGCCUCUAUUUCGCUUGUAUAGAGAGCGCCUGCAUGCCAAUUGGUCUCUUCAUGUUUGGCUGGACGAGCUUCCCAGCAAUACCUUGGAUCGUGCCAGCUAUUGCCAUCGGCAUUGCUACCGUUGGUAUCUUUUCCAUCUACCUAGCGACAUUCAAUUAUCUGGCGGAUACGUACCAUCGCUACGCAAGCUCUGCGUUGGCAGCGCAGUCCUUUUGCCGAAACAUGCUUGGUAAGCCAUCUGCCACUCUCGAAUAUAUACGCAAACUGACUUCAGCUUAG